AUGGUUAUAUUCUUGCUUUUGCAGCUGUCCGGAGCGACCAGUGUCCACCUUUCAGAUCCAGUCACACCACCUUCUGCAGUCUAUUUUGAACCUGAGUCGAUUCCCUCCACACCCAGUUAUUUUCAACCACGAGAAUUUUCCAGUAGUGUUUCUUGUGAAGAAAACCCAAGUUGCCUUGACCAGAUCUUGGAUUCCUACCUUCAGACAGACACACACCCGGACCCUUUGCUCAAUUCCAUGCAAAGUACUCCACACUAUUUCCUGGACAGCUUCCAGGCUGCCCCUUUCUGCUUCGAUCAAAGCCUGACCCCAGGAUCACCCUCAGAUUCCUCCACUCUCUCUGGCUCGUUAGACUACAGUUACUCACCGGCUCAUCUACCUUCAUAUGCUCCUGAGAAUUACAAUUCUCCCCCUUCUCUGGACACCAGAAACUGUGGCUAUCCCUCAGAAGAGGACUCCUACCCUCACUUGCCCUCGCACACCCAGUACGACUGCUUCUUCCCAGCCCCUACCUCAGGAUGCUGUUGCGUGUCCUGUGAGGCAGAACACUUGGCCACCAUCAGAGCAUCCGAGUACUUCUCCUAUCCUGGCACGGACUGUGUGAACUUGAACCCCUCAGCAGCAGCAACCAGUGAUUUCUAUAUGAGGGAAGCAAACUGUGACCUCUGCUAUAGUUCAUAGGAUUCAUUAAUUGGUAAUGUGCAUGCAUAUAUCUGUUUUUCUGUCAUGCCAAACAACAACUUGAA